AUGGCCGCUGAUAUUUGGGUCCCAGUUCGCGGCAAACGGGCGACACAUGACGAACAACAUAAUUUCACAAACGACUAUUUGGAUAAGGAGGAGGACUAUAAAGAUCAUCGAUAUUAUUCUGAGGGAACCGGUGGUGAAUAUUCAAUUGAUAUUUUGGGUAAAUUUGCAUUUGGAACGUAG